AUGUCACGAUCAAUUACAUCCGCCAGCUGGUUUAAAGGAAUUUAAUUUCAAUGUUAUCAAAACGACACAAAAAGUGGUUUUAGUAUGUUCUUCACAUGAUAAGCAUAUCAACACUGGUUGGCUUAGUGGAUCAAUGCAGUUUGAAGUGUAAUCGAUAUACGACACCGGUCGUUCUCUAAGUCAAAACUGACAGUGGCUGACAUUGGACUAAAACGGAUCGGCAUGAUUACGAAAAAUUCUGAAGAUUUCACAUUUGUACAUUGAGUGAAAGUGAAAGUGUCGACAUGAUGCAGAGAACUGUAAGACUGUGCUCUUGCCGUUGUUUCGGUCGACGUCACCGACAACUAUUUGUUAAUGGUGCCAAGGCAUCUUUAAAUCAGAGGAGAUUUUUAUUAGAAACCAAUCGAUCGUCAUCAAGGUAUGGAGCUAGUUUGUAUCGCAGAUUUCCAAGGCAAUCGGUAAUGGAAAUACACACCGAGAACCAAGGGGCAGUUCCAAUGGCAUAUGACCCUAGCGAUGGAAUGAUGAUUGAUGCUAAAAAUUUUGAAGAUCGACUCUUCAGCCAUCUUGCAGACAAGGAUGACAAAGUCUCUAUUGGAAAAUUCAAAAGUCUGCUGCAUCUGACUGGUUUACGAGAAUCGGACCCGCGACUAACAGAAUGCAUGCAGCAUUUUUACAACCUUCAAGUUGAAGCAGGCUUACAAGAAUUGUACGACAGCAUACGAGUGGAUAGAACCCAAUUUAAAGAGUGUAUCAACAAAAACAUUGUGCUCAUCAGCAAGGCCUUCAGAAACCAGCUGGUCAUCCCUGACUUUGUCGACUUUCGGCGGAAGAUAGAUCGUCUGUACAGACAAUCUAGAACCAACACAAGAGGAGAGGUUGCAAACUAUAUCCCGCAACUGGCACGAUAUAGCCCUGACUUCUGGGGAGUUUCGGUGUGCACUGUGGAUGGACAACGGUAUUCCAUCGGUGACAUCAAUGAACCGUUUUGCCUGCAGUCUGUCAGUAAACCAUUGACCUAUUCUAUGGUUCUCAACGAGCUUGGUCCGGACAUCGUACAUCAGUAUGUCGGCCACGAGCCCAGUGGUCAUCCUUUCAACAUGAUCUGUUUGGACAGCAAUGAUAAACCUCACAAUCCAAUGAUCAACUCGGGUGCCAUCGUGAUAUGUUCAUUAGUGAAACAGGAAAUGAACCCUGCAGACAAAUUCGACCAUACAAUUAAUGUUUUCAAGAAGAUGGCUGGUGGUGAAAUGAUGAACUUUAACAAUGGCGUUUACCUAUCUGAGAAAGAGACUGCAGACAGGAAUUUUUCCCUUGGAUACUACAUGAGAGAAAAAAGGUGCUUCCCAGAAGGCAGUAACCUAAAGGAAGUGAUGAACUUUUACUUUCAGCUUUGUUCCGUUGAAAUCAACUGUGACUCUGGGGCGGUGCUUGCAGCCACUUUAGCCAAUGGAGGAGUUUGUCCUACAACUGGUGAACGUCUUCUCAGUGCACAGUCCGUCCGUGAUACUCUGUCACUUAUGUUUUCCUGCGGAAUGUAUGACUACUCUGGACAGUUCGCCUUUCGGGUGGGUCUUCCAGCCAAAUCUGGUGUAUCUGGAUGUGUCCUGAUGGUUGUGCCUAAUGUAAUGGGAAUAUGUAUGUGGUCACCUCCUCUUGACCGUUGGGGAAACAGCUGCCGAGGAAUACAAUUCUGUAAGAACUUCAUUGAAACUUUCCACUUUCACAAUUUUGAUAUAAUAAGGACAAAAAAUGACCCACGUACCACAAAAUCUCAUACCCAGGCAUUUGAAAUCGUGAAACUGCUCUUCAGUGCCUACAAUGGAGAUGUCACAGCUAUUCGGAGAUAUGCUCUUGUGGGUGUUGACCUAAACCAACAGGACUAUGAUGGGAGGACAGCACUGCAUGUGGCUGCAGCAGAAGGUCAUAGUAAUGUUGUCAUUUACCUUCUGGAAAAAUGUGAUGUCAAUCCUUCAGUAAAGGAUAGAUGGGGUUACACACCAUUGGACGAAGCAAAACGAUUUGGGAAAAACGAUGUUGCCCUAUUGUUAGAACAACAUGUUAAAGAAAAUUCUCCCACGGAGAGCUGAGAACUGGUAAACAUUAUAUAUAGAUGUAUACUUAAGUAGAUAUUAUGUCACAAAUCAGUGUUUUUUGGAACUGUCAUCUAACACAAAGGCACAUUAACAGAUUUUUAAAUGGUGAAAGAAGAGAAUUCAUGAGGAUGAGUUAGACAGUAAUGAGACAUUCAAUGAGAUUGUUUGUAUCGUUGCUUUGUUUCCUAUAAACAGCCAGAGUCAUUUAAAGACAUGGCAUAUAUAGGUGGUGGAGGAAAGCCAGAAUUGCCUUAAAAAACCACUAACCUGAAGCCAGUACCUGGCUUCUGUUCCAUAUAGGCCUCAAACCUGUGACUUAGAAGAUGGAGGACUAGCAAUACAGAUGCCCUAACCACUCUGCCACAGUUUCCCAACAACACAAAUGACUUGCAUGGAAAAUAUAGUUUGUUAGUAGUGUUGAUAAUCCACACGUUUAUAAAUAACAAAUAAUAUUGUGAUCUCUUCUGUAUCAUAGUUACUCUAUAAAACAUCAUGACUUUAUCCCAUCAUCUAGCACUCAAAUUUACGCUUGUAAUGACAUAAAAUUUCAUAUAUGUCUUAGAAAAAUUUUUAAAAGAUUUUUUAAUAUUUUUAUCAGGGACAGUGCAGACACAAAUGAGCCUUUCAUAAAAUUAAGUUCCAGAUGUAAACAAUGAAAAAAAUGAAGAAAUGAUUUUUUUUUUAAAAGAUAUUGAAAUAUAAAAUUUUUUAACCAGUAUGUAUAUUGAUUUUUUCUCUGCCAUCAAUGUAAGCUCUGAACCCUGUUUAUAUAAUAAAAUGUUUCUUUCAUUUUUUUGUUCAUAAAUAGAUGAACAACCAUAUCAAGAUCUCUACAGAGCCCUCUACAAAAUGCUGAUUUCUGAGGAAAGCUACCAGGUUUUCAUGCCGCAUUUUGAAUUUAAAUUCUGCUUAAUUCCUUGCAUUAAAACUGAAAUAAAUUGAUUGAAGAGAACUAUGUGUACUUAAAAACUCAAUACUACACAAUGAUUUUGUUUUCAGAUAUGUGAAAAUUCAAGGCAGAAUAAUUCUGUUGAGCAUUUUCCUUACCCAUUUCAAAUUUGAGAUUUGAUAUGUACAUGUAGGUAUUGUUGUUUUCAAUAUCUAAAAUGUAUAGGAAAUAUAAGUAAACAAGAAAUAGUGGCAAGCACAACUUCCUAACACUAUAAUAAUAUUUGCUUCCUUUCCUAUAUAAUACUUACAAGGGAAGUAACUUUAGACGAAAAAAAACCCCAAAAUUGACAGGUAAUGUAAAUUGUUGGUGUUGUAGAAAAUUGUAAAUUGAAAAAUUCUGCCCAUAGAGAACUCAGAGUAUAGGUAACAAACGCAUAUUAUAAUUUGUAGUGAACGAUAAUAUUUCUGCAUGUUGAAGAUUUUUUAUCAAAGGGAUAGUUUCAUCAUAUCUAAAGUGAUGAGUUUACCAGUGUUUGUCAGAUACCUUACAGAUUGUUGGGUUGUUUAUAUGUAAACAUCUCACCUGUGCUUGUUAAUGGAAUAAUAAGUUUGUUCUAUGCAGUAGUUUUGAUUACUUUUGGACAAUUUCGGUCAGGAGUAUCUUUUUUAACAUUCACAGUGAUUUUGUAACUGUUCCAAGUGUGGUGUUGAAUAGGUGAACAUUUUGAAACAUAAAAUAUCUGAGUUUAAUAUAUUUCUGUCGGAUUUGCUAUGAAGCUUCUUCUUCUGAAACAAACAAAAAACAAAACAAACAAAAAACCAGACAAAAACACACUUUGGAAGGAACUUUUGAAACGUUACCCUAAAUGAUAUUUUUUUUGUUAAGGUUGCAAUGCAGGCCCUGGGGACCUCUUUUUGUACUUUCUUUAAUGUUUUUGUUUUUAGCAGUUUGUUUAUAUAGAUCUGUUUAAGCAUUUUUUUUUAUCAAAACUUGUGAAGUCUUGUUAUCUUCAGUGCUAUACCUGUGUUUUUUGUUAAGGAGUGAGAAAUUUGUGCUACCUUCACUUUUUGCAUGUUUUUUUUGUUAGAAUUACCUUGCAUGUAUAAUUUUGUUUUGUUGAAUUUCAACACUUUACUUAAACAUAUUGGAACAAAUUCACUAUCUUUACAAUUUUCAUGAUAUCAUUUCUACCUUAAACACUUCAAUGUAAAUAUAUUGCAUCUCAUUCAUGUCACAAAAUUAAAUCUAUUCCAGAUUAUUUUUUCAAAAUGUAUCUUCUACAUUGCUUGGUAAGAACUCCCCCUCCAUUUUUUUAUCGCUCACUUAACAAAGUUGGUGGGCUAUAUUCAAAUGUGGUGGGGGAUAUAUGAUUGGGUUCCAUCCAUCCAUCCUUCUGUCCGUCUAUCCAGAUGCUGCUUUCUGCAAGAUAUCUUUUGAAGGACUGGUAGGAUUUUGAGAAAGUUUGGUUGGUACACUUGUUAUCUUAAAUCCCUUGGUUAAGUUUAAUCAACAACCAAUGAGGCUGCUGUGACCUGAUUGGCUGAUUACUUUAAUCACCUUCCAAUGCUGCUUUCCGCAUGAUAUCUCAUGAAGGCUUUUGAUACAACUUAAAGAGUCAUGCCACAUUAAGGCAGGAUGCCCUUAAAGCAGAUAUUUCACAGAAAAUUGGAAAACAAAAUUCAAACUUUGAAAUUUUUCUCUUUUCUGAAACAACAAUGACAAUUUUGUUUUACUACAAUUUAAAUGAUUUAUGUAUAAGACAUACUUGCAUGACAAGUUACUGUUUGUGUAUUGUAGGAUGACACUGUGUACUCGAAGAAUUUUGCCAGGGUAUCAUGAGAUAAAUAUUUUUUUUAUAUAAAAUCUUUUAUAUAUAUAUAUAUAUAUAUAUAUAUCUGAUUAAACAUGAGUAACAUAUGUAUAUCAGUCCUUUAAACAUGAUUUUAUAUAUUACUAUCUGUAAUACCACCAUGUUAUAAGAUUUUAAACUGCUUUUUAAAGUUACAUCAGAGCAAUACAAGAAUGCAUGUUUACCAGAAUUUAGAAUUAAGUAUUUGUUAACUUUUUAGAUAAGAUACACAUGUAUACCGGUGUAUAAAAAUAUAUGUAACCACUUUUACUUUAUGAUAUUAAAAGAUUUUUCAGUUACUAAA